AUGGGAUCAAUCGACCAUGGCACGAAACAGCAAUCCAGCUGGCAGGAUAUAGUCGCUCGGAAACGGCAGUCCGCAGAGACCCUCAUCCCGAAGGAAUGGAAGCUUCCAGCCUCGAUCCUCGACUCAUUGGCAUUCCCGCUCGAUAAGCAUUCAAACAAGCUUAUCGGGUUGGACAUUCCCAGAAAGAGCGGACUGUUGACCGAUCGAGAGCUAGAUGUCACAGAAAACUACACCGUACCAGAGCUGCUUGCCAAACUUGGCUCCGGCGAGUUCACGUCUCUCGAAGUCACAACAGCCUUCUCCAAGAGAGCCGCUAUCGCGCAGCAACUGACGUCGUGUCUCACGGAGACUUUCUUCGAUAAGGCCAUCGAAAGAGCAAAGUAUCUUGACCAAUGCAGAAAUGAAGGCAAACCUCUCGGUCCGUUGCACGGCCUUCCUAUCAGUAUAAAGGAUGGCUUUCAGAUCGUCGGGACCGAAGCCAGUAUCGGUUAUGUCUCCUUCCUCGGAAAGAAAUCGACCACAAAUUCACCACUGGUAGAGCUGCUCCUCAGCCUGGGUGCCGUGCUCUAUGUCAAGACAAACAUACCUCAGACGUUGAUGACAGCCGAUUCUGAUAACAACAUCUUCGGACGAACCUUGAAUCCGCACAACACUGUGCUGAACGCCGGCGGCUCUAGUGGAGGCGAGGGUGCCUUGGUCGCAUUCCGGGGUUCGCCACUGGGUGUGGGGACUGAUGUCGCUGGUUCAGUCAGAAUACCCGCGAUCUGUUGUGGUACAUAUGGCUUCAAACCAACCGCUUCGAGGGUGCCAUACGGUGGUCAGCAGGUGCCUGCCUUGGCUGGUUGGAAACCGAUAACAGCAUCCGCGGGUCCACUCACGAACGAUUUUGAGGCUUUAGAAGUCUUCGUGAAGAGCGUCAUCGACGCGACGCCAGCACUUCUGGACUCAACUGCCGUUGACGUUCCCUGGCGCGCGCUAGAGCCGAAGGUCGAUUCCAAACUCCGAAUCGGUGUUUUGCAGGAGGAUCCUUUGUAUCCGCUCCAUCCACCGGUUAAGCGUAUUCUGGCCGAAGCUGCAAAGAAACUCGAAGCAGUAGGACAUGAGCUGGUUCCACUCACGGCUAAGGAGGGAAGGGUCUCCGAUAUCCAGGAAGUCGCUUUUGAGUUGUUCGUCCUUCAUACCGGAACGUCAAUCGGCCACAUCAAAGCCAGUGGAGAGCCGAUGGUGCCAUCAGUCGCUAAGGCGGACAAGCCAGCAAACUAUGGCAACUAUACGUUUGUUCCUGAUCUCAAGGAUAUGGAUUUCGUGCACAAGUACGCUUCAUUGAGCGUUUUGAGGUCGGAGCUUUCCGAAAACUGGCGCAAGAUAUGGUUGGAGAAGAAGUUGGAUGCAGUUCUCGCACCGUCAGCGCAGAAUACUGCGGUGCCGCAUGAUAACUUCGGAUGGCCGCCUUAUACGGCUUUCCUCAACCUCCUCGAUUACCCCGCAUGCGUGAUACCAUAUGGAAAGGCAUCAAAGCAGCUAGACACUGAAGCGGUCAAGAUGCCGGCGGCACAAGCCCAAUACGAUCCGGACGUUCUCGAUGGAGCGCCGUGCUCGGUGCAGGUUUUCACCCGCGGUUUUCGCGAUGAGGAGUGCCUUAAAGUGGCGCGGGUUGUUGAUGAGUGUUUGAAACAAUCCUGA